AUGAAUUUGCGAACAGUCACAGGCUCUGCCUCGAGCAUUCUCCUGCUACUCUCUUCCAUCCACGGUGCUGUUGCCUCCAACCUGCCCUUGGUGAACUACUCCAAGUGUGGGUGUUACCUCACCAACGGCAGCAAUUCAGCUUUUUAUACCAGCCACCGCUUCUAUGACUUCCGAUCUCUGUCGCAAUAUGUCGGAUCCGGAAUACCUGACGUUCCAAGCAGCUCCGCUCAGGCGGCUUCCAACGCUUCAAUAACGAGCGGAUACUUUAACACAUCGACCUUCACCGACGACUGGUCGAUCAUGACUUGGAACAACAGCGCAUCUGUGGGAGGAGAUGCUGCGAUUCUGAUGGUCAACUCUCCAACAAACCUCUUCAUCGAGAAGAACAACGACACGGAUGCUGAUAGCGAUACGUACUUGACAAUGCGCACAGCUCGUAACGAGGACUUCCAGUCGGCGUCGGAAAUUGAAUCCAACUCGAAUCGAUACAGGUUUGUGUCGAUGCGCAUGUUGGCUCGCACCACGGGAGCCCCGGGUGCGUGCACAGCCAUCUUCACCUACCGCAGCGCCAAGGACUAUGCAGACGUCCAGGAGGCCGACAUUGAGAUCUUGACCAAGGACCCCACAGACAAGAUCAUGUACACCAACCAGCCGUCCUAUGUCAAGGUUGGAAACGACACCCAGGCCAUCCCGGAAUCCAACGUCAACGCCUCAGCUCCUGUGGACUGGACUCAGUGGUCGGUCCACAGGCUCGAUUGGACACCAUACAGGACAACUUGGUAUGUCGACGAACGGCAGGUUGCCUCAAUCUCGUUUCAAACGCCUCGCGAUGCUAGCCGCAUCAAUCUUAACUCAUGGAGCGACGGUGGUGAUUGGACCGGCCUGAUGGACGUUGGCAAAGAGGCUCGCAUGCAGAUCAAAUGGCUCGAGAUGGUCUUCAACCAGACCAGCGCCGGGACUAGCAGCAGAAUGCGACCACGGGACCAUACGAGUAACAACGGAAGAGGAAGUGAUAAUGGUAACUCUGGUGGCCCCAUGGACUCGGAGUCUACCGAGGGGCUAAGCGACGGGAAGUGCAGGACGGUCUGCAGUAUUGACGAGACCAGCCAAAGGGGUAUGGCAGCCAUUGUGGCCGAUGGUGGCGCCGGAACUCUCAAGGUGGCCGCCUGGAUCCCGAUCUCUGUGGCCUUGGCUACACUGGCAGCCUCAAUGUUUUAG